AUGGCAGCCCCCCAAGUAAUUGUGGUCGGCGGUGGUUUGUCUGGCCUGAGUGCUGCUCACACCGUCUAUCUCAACGGUGGUAACGUUCUGGUCCUGGAUAAGCAGGCUUUCUUCGGUGGUAACUCGACCAAGGCCACCUCCGGCAUCAACGGUGCCCUCACGCGGACACAGACCGACCUCGGAAUUGGUGACAGCGUCAAAGCUUUCUACGAGGACACUCUCAAGUCGGCCCGUGACAAGGCUCGUCCCGAACUCAUCAAGGUCCUGACCUACAAGUCGGCCUCUGCCGUUGAGUGGUUGCAGGAUGUUUUCAACCUCGAUCUCACCCUUGUCUCCGCCUGGGUGGUCACUCUCACCCCCGCACACACCGUGCGUUUGGAGGAGCUGUCUCAGGCUGAGCCUCACCGUGUUCAGAUUGUCAAGAAGGCCAACGUCACCGCCGUCAACAAGUCCGGCAAUGACGUGACCGGUGUGACCUACACUCUGGACGGCGAGACCAAGACGGCUGAUGGUGUCGUCAUUCUGGCCACCGGUGGUUAUGCCGCCGACUUCAGCGAAACCUCCCUCCUCAAGAAGCACCGACCCGAUACCUACGGGCUCUCCUCCACUAACGGCACCCACGCCACUGGUGACGGUCAGAAGAUGCUUAUGGCGAUUGGUGCCAACGGCAUUGACAUGGACAAGGUCCAGGUGCACCCCACGGGUCUGGUCGACCCCAAGGACCCCACCGCCAAGUUCAAGUUCCUGGCGGCCGAGGCCCUUCGGGGUGAGGGUGGUCUGCUACUCAACUCGGACGGCCAGCGAUUCUCCGAUGAGCUGGGUCACCGUGAUUACGUUUCCGGUCAAAUGUGGAAGGAGAAGGAGAAGAGCAAGUGGCCUAUCCGCCUGGUGCUCAACAGCAAGGCCUCCAAGGUUCUUGACUUCCACACCCGCCACUACUCUGGCCGUGGCCUCAUGAAGAAGAUGACCGGCAAGGAGUUGGCGGCGGAGAUCGGCUGCGGCGAGGCGGCGUUGAAGAAGACCUUUGACGACUACAAUCUAAUCGCCGAGGGCAAGAAGAAGGAUCCCUGGGGCAAGAAAUUCUUCCACAACCUCCCCUUCUCCAUCGACGAUGAGUUCCAUGUUGCUCUGAUGGAGCCCGUGCUCCACUUCACCAUGGGUGGUAUCGAGAUUGACGAGCACGCCCAGGUCCUGAACGGCGAGAAGAAGCCCUUCAACGGUUUGUAUGCGUGCGGUGAGUUGGCCGGUGGUGUUCACGGUGCCAACCGUCUCGGUGGUUCUUCCCUGCUGGGCUGCGUCGUCUACGGUCGUGUUGCCGGUGACUCUGCCUCGCAGCAUCUCUUCCAGAAGCUCCUCAACAACGGCUCUUCGGCCGCUCAGCAGCGUCUGGGACAAAUCUCCCUGCACAUCGACCCCUCCACACCCGGCAAGAUCUCCGUUGAGUGGAACGGUUCUUCCCAGGCCAGCAGCCUGCCCAGCGUUCAGGCUGCUCCCGGUGCGGCCUCCGCAGCCGCCGCGACUCCCGCCGGCGAGGAUGCUGCUGCCAAGCCCGACCCGGUCGCCAGCUUCCAAGUGCCCGAAAAGGAGUUCUCCAUGGAGGAAGUGGCCAAGCACAACAAGAAGGACGACCUGUGGAUCGUCGUCAAGGGUAUUGUCUUGGACGUGACCAACUGGUUGGAUGAGCACCCCGGCGGUGCCAACGCUCUCUUCAACUUUAUGGGCCGUGAUGCGACCGAGGAAUUCGCCAUGCUUCACGAUGACGAGGUCAUUCCCAAGUAUGCUGCCCAGACCGUUAUCGGACGUGUCAAGGGCCAGAAGCCCAGCCUGGAGCUGUGA